CAUGUUAUUUAUUCUCUCAUCACUUGUUAUUAUCACGUCCAGUAGAACGUGUGUAUAUGCUGCUUAUAACUUUGUAUAAUUCACGGUUGGCCGACAGAGCUCUGCUGUUCUGACAAUGUGGAAAUAGAAAGGAUUAGGCCUUAACUAUAGCUACUGCAAAAAAAGAGCAAUGUCAAAGUGAUUACAGGUAGCAGCUACGUUGGCCGUGAUCCAAUUCGGUAGUCAUGUUUCGCAGCUCUCCGUCAGUUCCAAUCUAAAUCCUAGUGAAAAUGAAGUGGAUUUUCUCGUUGUUCAUUUUGCUGGUGCUGACGAGCGUCGACAGCGAGCUAUUUGCUAGAACAAAUUCAUCGAAUCUCUGCUCUCGUAUUCCAUCACAAUCUUGCCUCCAUCAACUGAGCAGCAGCCCAGCAGCCCAGCAGAACUCUCAAGUGUGCACAGUGGAAGCGGCCAACAACACUCAUCCUCUCCUCUGUGGUGGGCAGAAGUGGAAUCGUGAAGAUAUCUGCCAGCAUGACGGGUGUGGUGUUCACCUGGAAAUCUACAGGCACAUGCCUUAUCCCUCCUUGCCAUUGUACCGCACAGCUCUCAACCUCACCUUGUCCAAUGUUUCGUCCAGCAAAGUCAAGAUAAGGUUCCACGAGACUUCCAUCAACAACUUUGCUUUCUGCAUCAAUUUUACAACGAGUUCCAACGCAGCUCAACCCUUUGAUUCUUUGUGGUAUGACUGUGUGUUUCACAGUCGACAACUUGAAGGCCAACCAUUUCAGCUGGAAUUCCUCAACGGUCCCAAAUAUGGGCUGUAUUUAUUCCAACUCCCUACUGAGAAAGAUGUCAGGAAUGGACAUGGCUUUUUGUAUGUUCACCUGCAUCACAGCCCGAAUAUUGUCAUCACCUUCCAGGAGACAUCUGGGCUCCAAACGAACAAUACCUAUCUAAUUGUUGUCUGCAAGUGGCACCAAAACAAUUGCCACAUUGCGUUACAACAUCUGGUGGAUCUGAGCAACUCUUCAACGUUUACUAGCAGGUUCAAGGACUCGUUGACAGUUUCUCUGGGCAAACUGUCAAUCUCUGGCAAUUUCACCAUCAAAAUCGAAGAUCCAAAUUGCAACAUCCUGUCCACGUCAUGUUACCAAGCCACAUCGUCCUUUUUCAUCAUUCAAGAUUUCCAUGGGAACUACAUUUUCUUCCUGCCAGUCCUUGGCGUUUUGGUAAUUGUGGCCUUGUGUGUGAGCAUGGGCUACCGCAAGAAAAUUCAGCUGAUACUAUCGGGGAUGAAGAAAGAGCCGAUCCGACGCAAAACGGUUUUGCUGGCCCACGACUCGACGGCCAGCGAUUACAGCUGGAUCGAAGCCCUGAAGCUCUUCCUGGAAAAGUGGGGCGGAUUUGAGGUCCUUGUCGAUUUCGUCGAGAUCCCCCGCAGCCGGCACAAGGAUCCGCUGCUCUGGUACACGGAAUCCAUGGAGACGGCCGACUGGGUGGCCGUCGUGGCCCCACCACCACCCGCCACCGAUCAGCGCUCGCCCAUUUACCGCCACACGUUCGACCUGGCCCUGGAGCUGCUGGCCAUGCGCAUCAGCCGCCGGCUCAAACUCAAGGAGCGCGACGUUCUCCAGCAAUUUGUCGUCGUCCAGCCGGAAGGCGGAUCCGUCCCGGACGUCUGCUCGUCCUUUUCACGAUUCCGCGUCCCCCAGGAAUUCGCCAAUCUAAUCAGCUACAUGGACCAGCAGGAAAUGGACGGCCAGCACGUCGGCGGGCCGGCAGCCAAUCACCCCGCUCAUUUCGUCGACUGCCUCCGUCCUAGGAGCCGAGACAACGAAUCAAAGUUGAUGGAUUCCUUCCGUAUGAUCCACCAGCAUCUGGUCCAGCGAAAUCAGUCGUUAGCGGCGAUGGCGGUCCGCCCACCAACAGUUGACGACGCCCAACACGUCGAGGAGGAGCGCUCCUCGUUGCUAAACAGCGAAGAUGAUCGCGAGCGAAAACGUCAAGAGCUGGAUCGCCAAUUCGGCCCGGCUAUCGUCCGUUUGGCCGAUUUGCCGACCCUCGGUUGAAAAUUGAUUUGAUUUCCCUUCGUUUAACUCAUAACACUCUUGAAGGCCUUGCUAAUUAAGUGAAUCUCUCCCCGUUUAUUAUUAUAUUUCCAUUUUUCCCCCCCAUUCAGAAACGAACUGGCAAUUCAUACAGACGGAAAGAAAAAAAAAUGAAAACCAAAAAAGUUGUUCAAUUCGAGUUGCGGGAUCAUUUUGUUUGGAAGCGGGAAAAGUCAAUCGUUUUUCUGUUAUUUUGAAAUAUUUGGUUUGAUUUGUUUCGAUUGAUCGAUCGGUCGAGAGAGACUUGAAGAAUGUUUGGAAUGUCAAAAAAGUGUGCCCCGGUCGCUAGUGAAACGCCAUUAUAGUUGAGGUUCCGCUUUUCUGAGAUUACGAAAUGCAAAUGGAAAAAAGAAAAAAAAUAAUUGUUGUUAACUGCCUUUUGACUUUUUGAGUGCAAUUUCCCCUAUACCCGACACUCGCUUUGUUGUAUUUAUAAUAUACAGGAAUCUCUUUCU